AUGAGACAGUGGCUCAGCACAGUACCGGUGGUUCUAGGGCAUGUUCGAGGAGCUGGUAAUCCUUCUGACUGUGCAUCUCGAGCGCUGUACCCGAAUUCGUAUGAUUCGGGCCUCUAUCGAGCCGCGAUAUCGACAUACGUGAAGGAGUUCGAUGGUAUGCGAGAGCGCUUGGUAUCUCCGAAUGCUGAUGACGAUCUCGGUAACGGCUCGCUCGACGCUAUGAUGUUGAAUGCUAAAGAUGGUCCUGUUGAGAACGUCGAAGACAGUAAUGUUGUCAGUGUCGAGGAGCAAGUGUUGACGGCUCAGACCAACGACCAAUAUUGCGAACAGAUUAGAAGGGUCCUAGCUCAUGAGCCGGUGGAGCUUUCCACUUCUGAAGCUCAGCGUAUUCGUCGGACGUAUGUCGUUGACUCGGGUGGCAAUAUCUGUAGAUGUCAUGCGAUCUGUGGCAGCCAGUAUUUCGUCCCGAUAGCCUCUCGUUCGGUCGUGAUCAGUAUGUUGCACGAUUUGUACGCUCACCUGGGGGCUAACAAGCUGCUUGUUGCAUCUUUCGUUGCGCCAAUUAAUUGCUGCCAAUGA